AUGGUUAUAAUUUUUAAAAAAUCAUUAUUUAUUAUAAAAAAUAGUGGUGUAAGAUAUGCUAGUACAUCUUUUAAUUUUAAAUUAUUUCAUCUUCAUCAAGUAAGAAGAAGAUUUGUUGAAAUGUGGUCUAAUCAAUAUGAUAUUAAAAAAGUUGCAAGUAUAGGACCAGAUUUAGCUGCACUUGAAUGGUUAAUGAAUUGUGGUGCAACAGAAGUUAUAAUGGAUGACGGAACAUCAAUUAAAAGUCAAAGAGAAAUGAAGGAAUUUAUUAAUAGUUGUGAUAUUGAUUUAAAUAAUCUUCCAAAACCAAAUGAAGAAUUAAUUAAAUAUUUAAAGAAUACAGAAGAAGAGACAUAUAAAAGUAAUAUACAUUCAAAAACUUUUUCAAAAAGUAAUAGAGAAGCUCGAUUAAGAAUGAAAGAAAAAGAAAUGUUUAUUAUGAGAUCAGAGAUAGCAUAUAAUGAAAUGUGGAGUCAUGUACCAAAUGUUUAUAUUAGUAAGGUAGAUGGUUCAGAUAGUGUAAUAACUGACAACGGGUUUAAAUAUUUUAGUCAUUGUCGUUGUAUUUCAAGCUUAAAGUUAAAUUUUUGUGAUUAUUUUGGUAAUGAAGGAAUUAAAAUAUUAUCAUUGAGUAGGCCUGGACAUACAUUAAAAGAUCUAGAAAUAGUGCUUAAUCCACAUAUCUCUGAUUCAGUAAUUUAUUGGCUUGUGAAAUUUGAAAAUAUACAAAGAAUUCAUUUAUAUUUCCUUCCAUACAUAUCAAAUCGUCUUGCAAUUCAAAGGCAGUUAAAAAUAGCAUUACCAAAAUGUAACAUAACUUUUCCGGAGACGGAGAAAAUUGGUCUUGGUUAUUAA